GCAGAGAGAGAGAAAGAGAGCAGAAGAGAAGUAGAACCACACACGAUACAGACAUGGGAAACGCUAUGCCGAAAAAGCUUAGGGGAUGGGACAGCGAUGAGCGUUACCUAGAGACAGAGUUUGAUACAAUGGAUACCGACGGUGAUGGGUUAUUGUCAACAGGAGAGUUUACAAAGCUCCUUCUGGCUCUUGGGUUUGGAGGUGAUGAAGAAAAGACUGAGAUGCUGCUAAAAGAAAUGAAUAAGGAAAGAGAAGAAAAAAUAUCUCAGGACGAAUACGUUAGAGCUAUAAAAUCCAACGAGGAAAUCUGGGUAAAAACAAGCAAACUACGAGUGAUUUUCGGAAACUUUGACGAUACAAACGAAGGAAAAGUCCCUAAAACGAAGAUAAAAAGGAGACUGAGGAUGAUGGGAUUUGAUGUGGAUGACGAUAUGUCUAAAUCCAUUGAUGAAAUUGACACAGACAAAGACGGAUAUGUUUCGUAUGCCGAGUUCUUAACAAAACAUCUGAAAAGUAAAGGAUUCGUUUCCCAAGCCGAUAAUACAGCAGGUGCCCUUGCCACUGAAGAGAGUUAAAGGAUGAGAACAACAUAACUCAAGACCCACACGUCAGUGCAAUAUCACCGCUUCUGAAUUCUAACAGAAGUGAGAAUAAAGACUACUUAAUUGCUUGUGGCCACUGUGGCUAAUCCUACAUAAUCUCCAGCUAAUCUUAUUAUUUGAUGUAUACUGUGUAAACUGUUUAUAUAUGCCUUUAUUUAAAUAUUCUUUCUCUGAUUAUGUACUGUUCACAGCUUCAUAUAUAUCAUUCCUGUUCUGUUUCAUCAAUGUAUGCAUUCACACAUAUCUAUCAUACUGAUUAUGAAAUGUACUAUUCAUUAAAGACAAUCAUAUGAAUUAUAUAAAAUCAUCCUCAUUGAUGACAUUUUCAUUUUGAUUAUAUUUAUAUGAAUAAAUCUGCU